AUGACAUCCCCGCUUAAACAGAUCACUCCGACUGAUGUAGCCAGCUUUGCGUACGAUCCCGUGGACCCCACGGCACUUGAGGAUGCUAAGCUCAUUGUCAAUGAUGUGCGUUAUAAGGGCAUUCUGGGGCUCAAGGAGCACGCCGUGAGACUUGGCGACGUAUCUGAUGAAAACGUUCCACUGCUUGUGAGCCAAUCAGAUUUAAAGAAAGCAUUUGACACGUUGCCAGAGGACCAGCAAAAAGUGUUACAGCGUACGGCAGAGCGUAUCAAAUUGUUUGCACAAACGCAACGUGCCUCAAUCAGCAACUUUGAGCAGAAAAUUGAUGGCGGGUUUGCGGGUCAAGAUGUAUCACCAAUACGGACAGCUGGAUGUUAUGCUCCUGGUGGCCGUUAUCCUUUACCAUCAUCUGUAUUAAUGACGGCAGUAACUGCACGAGUGGCAGGUGUAAAAACAAUUGUCGUCUCUUCUCCUCGUCCAGCACCCGUGACACUUGCGGCAGCGUAUUUGGCUGGUGCUGACUAUUUUCUCGCAAUAGGAGGAGCUCAGUCAAUUGCUGCAAUGGCGUAUGGUGUUGGUGGCAUUCCAGUAUGUGACAUUAUUGUAGGACCUGGCAACAAGUGGGUGACAGCAGCGAAAUCGCUUGUAUAUGGAAAAUGUGCUAUUGAUAUGUUAGCUGGACCGUCUGAGUGUCUCGUAAUUGCCGACGAGACAGCGGAUGUUGUGACAAUAGCGGCGGACUUGUUGGCCCAAGCCGAACACGAUACGGCGGCAAUGCCAAUUCUUUUGACAAAUAGUCAGAAAAUUAUUGACGAAGUGAAUGAAGAAAUUAGAAAGCAAUUGGAGACACUAACGUCGGCCCCAAUAGCUCGUGUCAGUGUGCAAAACGGCUUUGCGGUACUCUGUCCUGACAUGGCUACAUGUAUAAAUUUAUCGGAUGUGCUCGCGCCUGAGCACCUGGAAAUCAUUACGAGCAACGCCUGUGAAGUUGCAAAUCAGGUCACAAACUAUGGUGGACUCUUCAUUGGCGGACGUGCCGCUGAGGUUUUUGGUGAUUAUGGUGCUGGUCCGAAUCAUGUGCUUCCAACUGGUGGUACUGCCAAAUACACGGGUGGACUCUCUGUGCACACGUUCCUACGUAUACGCACUUGGAUGCGCAUCGACAAUGCUCAAGAAUCACAGGCGCUUGUGCAGGACUCGGCACUGCUGGCUCGCAUGGAGGGCCUUGAGGGCCACGCACGUGCUGCUGAGAAACGUCUGCUUUAG